AUGGCUGAACUAGUGUACGUGGUUCCACCAUACCUCCUCAACACGUGCGUGGGGCUCGAUCUCCAAAGAGAGGUUGCUGCCCUUGAUGCUCAGCUAGCAGCCAAAAAUGUGUUUUCUCCGCUGAAGCAAAUCCGCUUUCGGCAACCCAAGGACAUUGAGACCACCAAGGACGUAUUCCUGAACGACCCUGCGGUGAACGACAUGAUCAAGGAGAAACUCAGGGAUAAGUUUGCUGUUUUGGGCAUGUUGGGCUCGUCUCCAGCUGAAAAUGUUCUGGACGAGUUGUUGUAUGGACUUUACGAGAUAUUCAAGGAACGGCUCAGUUUGGCCCAGGAACCAGCAUCCAUGGAGACCUCUAGAGCACUGCAAACGUCCAAUGGAUCCGAAAAGCUGAAGAAACUGGCCUUUGGAUACCCCAGAUUGGGUGAAGUCACAUUCGGCCCGCUGUUCCUCAAAAACGUGGAAUCAUGCUUGUCCAACUACUCCUUGGAGGCCUUGCUCAAUUGGGCCAAGGAGAGCUCUGAGCACAAGUACUCCUUCUUUCCAUCGUUGGUAGUGGGAAGCCAAACGUUUCUUUCGCCAUUGCCAAUGUACUGGACUCCACUCUCUGUGGAUAAGCACCUAGAACACUUGGACAAGAACUUGGGCAUGGAGAUUGAUACACUGAGCGGCUACUCCUUGUUAAAGUUCAAACUACAAGAAAACAAACUACCAUUCGAUGACUUGUUCCGCAAAAAGCGCUACUUCAACUUCAUUGCCAAUAACGAUGUGCAAGAGAAGUGUGGUAUCUUCUAUUACGAGGUGCUGGUGGACCAGCUCGCCACAGCCGCCUCGGACUACAAACCAUUGAUCAGUCUAAAUGACUCCCUGUUAGCAGCAGGAAGCUCCUUAUUCUUCACUUUGGGUUACACCAAGCGGAAAGUGCGUUUCGAUAAGAUGCCCACCAAUACUACCACAGGUAUCAACACACAGAGUUUGGACUUGAAAGCCAUCCAGAGCAAUAUCUCAUUUUACAAUCAAAACGUAUACAACAAGAAAAUCGACGACGAUACCCUUACGUUCCUCGGUGCCGAACCGGGUGUCUCGUUUGAGGGCAGUUUUGCGGUCAACUUCAACAACUCAUGCUCCUACGCAUCCAUAAAAAGCGGCGACAGCUCAUACAGAACUUCAUCGCUCAACACCAACAGACGUUUCUCCCAGUUCAACAGACAAACCGCAGUUGACCAGGAUACAAGUAAGAUCGAUGUCGAGGUCCCUCUCAACAUCCAUGCCAAUAAUCACGAGAGGAUCAAGAAGCGUUACAGAACCGACACGGUGGGCUGUGGUGUCAAUUUCAUAGACAAGACUCUUUUCAUAACGCUCAACGGAAUCCUCGUUAAGGAGAUAACUGAAAAGGAAAUGGUGGACUCCAACAGACACAAGGACAGUAUCUUUGAGCACGAUCAAAAGAUGGGAUCUCUUUUCCCAAUGAUUGGCUUCCAGCUCUCUGAGCUUCUGCGAGACUUGCCUGGGGGCGAACUUCCAGAGACGGUGAUCAAAACGAACUUUGGACUCAAGGAGUUCGAGUUCAACAUCAAUCGCUAUGUUGAUAAUUCUAAGAAAAAGCAAGCCGAUGAGCUCACAAAGAUGAUUGCAGAUGAGUCUCAGACCCAGCCUCAAAAUACAGUUCCUGACGAUAGCUCGUUUGAGAAGGCAGUAGCCGACAUACGCAGCGAUUCAGAAGUCUUGAACAAGUUCAUUAAGGGCUAUUUGAUACAACAUGGUUACCUAGAGACAUUGAAGUCUUUCAAUGGUGACGUGGAGGACCUUUCGUCUCACAUACAUGGUGAUGUUGACAUGGAGGGAGAAGCUUCGAAGCAACAAGAAGCUUUAGUAGAAGAGUCCCAUGCCACUCAGAGACACCAAGUGAGACUGUUAAUCUAUGAUAAGAAAUUCCUAGAGGCGGCUUCGUUCCUCGAGACAAACUACUCACUCCUCGACAAACUCGACUCAUACAUCUUCGAGCUUCGCUACCAGCAUUAUGUUUCUCUUGUGAAGCGCUACCUCAAUAUCAAGUUUGGCAAUGACUUCGACUUCGACUACAAGGAAGAGUCAAAGGAAAAGUAUUUCAAGGCAGUGAUUCAGUUCAACGAGGAAUUGGCCAAGCUGGUCUCGGCUAACACUGCAGCUCACGCAAAGGUCUCCAAUUUCUCCGGUGUCAUCUUGGCCAACAGCAAAGAGGAAUUGAACGACAUGCCUGGCGCCCAAAAAGAACUUGACAAUCAGCAUACCGAGAUCGAAAGACUUGCUAGCCGUGUCAAUGCUGCCAUUUUAGAACUGCUCAAUUUCGAGAAGAUCUCAAAGCUAGAGCACCUUAUACAAAGCGCAGGCAAUAACAUCAACAGCCUAUGCAUGGAAAACGACAACACGUAUAAGCUUGUGAACUAUGAACAGGAUUACAUUGACAUCUAA